GCGUGAAAAUUGAAAAUUCGAAAGUAAUGUCGCAUGUUCUUUGGUCUCUGGUUGGGUGAUUUGAUGGUGUGGGCUCUUCUGUUUCAGUCAUGCCGAGAUCUAGAAAGAGAAGAAGCCGAAAAAAGGCCAAAGCAGCCGAGUCUAUUGAGAGCAAUUUGAUACCAGAGUCUUUGUUGUUUAAAAGCGAUUUCACAGAUUUCAGUGACCUAACUCAUUCCAAAAGAGGAGACAGUGAUUCCUCUUCAUUAUCUGAUUCUUCUUUGAUUGAUUCUGAUACAGCUGAUCUAUGUUAUGCUCAUCUUUAUUUCUCAUAUUCUCAAGAUGACAAGGAGGAGGAGGAGAAUAAAGAAGCAGGCAGCCCUACAAUGAAAACAACACCUGCAGAAGAUGCACACUCGCCUAGCAACGGAAGUAGUAAAGAGUCUGGUCAGAUUAAUGAUGAUGAGUCACAGGAUCUCAUGAUUCUCUGUGACAGUGAUGAAAGUGACAGCGACACUCGACCGGCAGCCACUACAAGAGAAAAGAAUAAAAGAAAAGAAAAGGAUAAGAAAGAUAAGGACAAUCACUGGCAUAUUAUAGAGAAAGAUAUGCUAGGCAGAGAUGAGUUUGAUAAUCGUUAUGGAUUCAAGAGGUACAAUACAACGAAUGUCAAGUGUGGGAACUGUCGUCAGAAAGGUCACUUGACUACCGUCUGUCCACAUCCAUUGCGUCGUCCUACCUGCUAUUUAUGUUCCAGUGUGAAUCAUUUGUGCAGCAGGUGCCCACAAGCAAGGUGUCAGUACUGCUUUGAAUUGAAUCAUAGAGGAAGACCUUGUAAGCCUGGUCUUGCUAAUCUGAGAGUCAGCUGUAGGCGGUGUUUUAUGCCAGGACAUAUAGAAGCUAUAUGCCCAGAAAAAUGGCGUCAGUUCCACAACACAACCGACAAAGAUACUAAAUUGGUUCAUCUUGAAAAUCAGAAACAAUCUAAAACAAUAUACUGCAGUAACUGUGCAGCAAGUGGCCAUUUUGCUCAUGAAUGUAUAAUAUCUCGACCACGUGGCUAUCCCUCCAUUCAGUUCCCAUUAAUAGCGCAGUACAAAGAUCACGAGUUUCCAAAAAAUCGGAGAAGAAAGAGCAAGCAUCACUUGUCACCAGAGACGCCGAACACUCUAGACAAGCAUAACACAAAGAAAAUGAAACGAAAAGAAAGAGACUACGAUGACAAUGAUGACGACAGAGGGAGAACUCAUAGUUCUGGCUCUAGUGAUCACCAUAGGAGACACUCGACACACUCUGGCAACCAUCACUCAUUACUGGGAGAUAGAAUGUCACUCAACGAUCACUCCACCCCUCGUCACCUCCCCCUCUCUCACCCCUCCCCACUCUCCUCAGAUAUUAGGAGUCUGUCAUUCGAACACACCCGAUUACCAGAAGACAUGAUGACACCUUAUAAGGGCAAUUUCCCUCGUAACAGGAUUGAAGGCACGCCUUCUAAUCACUCGCGCCGUUUCUCUCAUAAUCCCUCCCUACCUCUCCCACCACUUCCUCCUCCAUAUCAUCUCUCCUAUGAUUCUCGUGCUCCUCCUCUUCCUCCUCCUCUUCCUCCUCCUCCUCCUCCUCCUCCUCCUCCUCCUCCUCCUGAGCCGAUUCACCGUCGUUCCAGUAGCGGUAGUAAUCUUCACCGUCGCUACAGUGACUCUUAUAGACAGCCACUGCCAUCAUUGCAUCACUCGUCUCGUCACUUUAGCAAUAGCUAUGUGCCUCCUUAUAGGAGACAGGAAAGCAGUCCCUCUUAUUCUAGUAGGCACCAUCCUUAUCAUCAUGAUGAUUUAAGUCCUCCACGUAGAAAGAGGGCAGAUAGAUUGAGUGACGAUAGGUUGUUUCGUGAUGAUGACGGUGACGUAAGUCCUCCUCGUAAAAGGAGGAAGAGUAGAUUGCGUGACGGAUUGCUUCGCGAUGAUGAUGAUUCUAUCGUAUUUAUUGGAUAUUCUCCGCCUCGAAAACGACGUUAUUAAUUUAUCAUUAUUUAAUUAUAAAUUUCAAAUUAUUAUUAAUCUAUAAAUUAAUGUCUAAAUGAAAUAAUAAUUUAUUGUAUAAAAGGGUAUUUUAUUUUAAAUGCUUAUAUGUAUUUGAAUUGAG